AUGGGGACGGUGUGUCACUUGCCAACUCUGUGGGCCUGGACAAGAGCUCUCCAAGGUGCCUUCCAGUUGAGCUUAGUGAAGGCAGAUGUACCCACAGUAUCCCCUCAGGAGGUCACACUUGUUGCACUGGUGAGCAGUCUGCUCAUGGUGUUUACCCUGGCCUUCCUGGGGCUCUUCUUCCUCUACUGCAAGCAGUUCUUCAACAGAAAUUGCCAGCGUGUUUCAGGAGGUUCGCUGCAGUAUGAGGCUGACGAGGCAGCGGAGGAGGAAUCUCUCUUCCCCAUGCCACCUGGCCAGGAGACCAGUCCUGAAGCCCAGGUCUCUUGGGCUCCUGGCAGCCCAGUUGUUCUCCCUGGACUCUCCUGCCCUGUUCCUAUACCACAACAGCAGCAGGGGCAUGGGAUGUGGUAUCCACAACAGCCUGUACUCUACAGACGGGGCACAUCCUAUCCCAUCCCACCAAAGAAUUGAUUCUUCAUCAUUUUCCCAAGACUGGCCAGCAGCAUUUUUUGCUUUCCUAUCCUAGAUAGCCUGGAGAGCCAGAUUCCCCAGUCAUGGGACUACCAGACAUGUUCCUAGCUCAGCUUGAUUAUAGAGAGGAGGGGAGGGGAUGGCAAUGAAUGGGGUAGAGUUUUACUGCCUGCAUCUUUGGUCAGGUGAACCUGAAGGAGGAGCCUCUCAGUACCCUAUUGAUACAUCUACCUAGCACUUUAGGGACAAAAUCAAACUCUUCCCCCUUUCUCUCCUCCGCACUGCCCCCCCUCCCCAGUACACACACACACACACACACACACACACCUACACACAUCUUAGGAGAGGCCUGAAACCUUGAUUCCUCACACAUCUCUUAGACUUCUGUGGCUGUGACAAUCACGGAGCUAACCCCUUUGGCCCCUGGGGUCUUCCUCUCCACUUAUAGGUUUCUUACCUUUUUUAGUGGGGAUCCAACUCAGUGUCUUUUUGACUUUUAAAAUGAUACUUCCUAAAGUUCCUUUUAUCUUAUUUCUCUUCUUUUCUUGCCUCUUUUGUCCCUUCCUGGUGCCUUGUCUUCUUAAGCCCAAGGCUGAGACUCUAGAUCCCCAGGGCCAAACUCAGAGCUCAGAGCUUUCAUCUUUGGGGUGGCCAUGAAAUCCCUGAGAUCUAGGGGGGGGACACUUAGGAUCUUAGGUUUUCAAUGAAGCCUGCCCUAGGGCUGCUCAGGGACUAUUGGUGCUUUCUUGGUUUAGAGAAAAACCAAUCAAUUGCUGAGCCCUCACCAACAGUUUCACAUGCUUCUCAGAAUAAAGUGGAACUUCUCUCUCCAUGGCUGAUGCCACAGGGCAGAUGAGAACAUCAAGGCUCAGAUGUGGGCACCAUGGAUUGUUUUUAAGUCUCCCUUAUGUCCAUAAUGGGCUACUAGGGCUGAUACCCACUCCCUCACUGUGGGUCAGAUUUUGAAAGAAAACUUGCCCAGAUGAGUAGAGCAACUAUCUCCUUUGUUUGGGAGCAACCUAUAUACUCCAGAAUGUUGGAUGUGACUUAAUUUGUGAAAACCAAGACUGUAUCUUAGGGUGGGAAUGCUGGAAUUUACUACGUAUAUGUGCUGCCCUUUACAGUUUGCAGUGUGCAUUCACAGCAAUCAUCUCUUUGGAUCUUUAUACACACCCUGAGGUGGGCAGGGCAAGGAUUACCAUCCCCAGAUUGCAGAUGAUGAAGCUGAGGCUCAGAAAUGGAAGGUGACUGCACUCAGUAAUGUAUGGGGUAAUUAUCAAGGCUAGGGUCCUCUCCAAUAUCUUGAAAUCUUCAUUUUCUAGAAGACAGUGUUUUAAAAUAGUAGCUUUUCUGGCAUAUCUGUUCCAGAAAACAACUCUUUUUGGAAGCAAAAGGGGUGGAGGGACAAAUAAGGCCCUUAUGCCUGAAUGUGAAUGAGGUAAUAUCCUUGCUUACAAUACCAAACCUAUUCUCUCCCCCUCCCAUCAGCUCCCCUACUCCCACCCUGUAGCCAUCCUGGAUGUAUAUUCUCUGCCAGAUCUGACCCCAGUGGAAAGGUAAGAGACUUUCCAUUCAGCACUGUCUCUCAAGAGAUCAAAAAGUGAGAAGAGCUGCAAGGUCAGACAAAACUCUUUCUAUCUGUCUAUCUUACCUCCUUUUGCCACUGGGGGUAAGAAAGAAGGUAUAAAGGUUGGAGCCAGUAGGAGUAUCCAUCCUACUUGUCCUCCCUCCUAUAUUCCUCUAUUCAAUUUAAGAGUCUCUGAUCUUAUUUUGGACAAUGACUUGAGACUUUAACUUUAGAGGUGGGAGGGGGGCAAAUAUCCCAUCUUUAAAAGCCUCUCCCAGGUAGAUUGCAGAUAUUUGAGCAAGUCUGUCAAUUAUAACACUUUAGUGUUUUACAGUCUAAAAAAGUUCAUUCAUACAUGCCUAAUUUAAAGAUGAGGAACCUGAGUCCUAGAGAGAAGUAGUAACUUACCCAAAGCAAUUCAUAUUUUGGAAAGGCAGCCUGCUCCACACUCCCACCCCCAGACUGAAGUGUGGAUUCCAUGGCUGAGAAUAGAGCCAGGGAAGGGCAGUUAGAGCAGAAACUGCUCUUGGCUAUGGCAGAAGGACAGGCAGAGGUGUUGGAGGGCACUAGUUAUUUCUAUCCACUAGACACUGCCUAAAUAACCCUUAAAAUAUCAUUAAGGAACAUAGGGAAGAAACAGGAGAUUGAAUAAGGCAAUUCAUCUCCACCACCAGAAAAAAACAGCUGGCCCCAUAGUCUAAGUGCUACGGAGGCAGCAGUGUAGUCUUCCACUGAAAAAUAGCACAUGACUUCAUCCACAUCCAGGAUGGAGAGGGUUUCUUUGUUUUUUGUUUCUUGGGGGGUUUUUUGGCUUUACUCUCCCCUAUAGCUCUUACCUCCUAUGGCCUACAAGGUUUACCCUCCCUUCUUCCAGGUCCCUCUAGACUCACCACACUCCCUGGGUUAGCUGGAAGAUCUUAUGCAUGUUUGAAGAGUGAUGGUCCUGUGUUGCAGCAUAGGGCAGGGCAAAUAAUUUCCCUGUGGAUCUCCUGGGCCUCACCCUUUAUUUGAAGUGCUAUAACUCUCCACCUCCGGCAGGGAACCAGGCUGGAAUUUGCCCUAUUGGAACCUUAAGGAAAAUUUCUGAGCCAAGGUGACCUUCCCUCUGGGGCCUGAUUUCCCCAAACUACCUCCCAGCAGUCCUCCAAAGAUACCUUCCAAUAUACUUAGGAGUAGCUGAGUGGGGAGAGGAAGGGAGCCCCACUGCCGCUUUCUAUUAACAUGUCAGUUGGAUCUCAGAUUUCCCACCACCCCUUCCCAUUUGAUUCUUUCCGAAGUGUGUUUUUGCUUUACUUCUUACCUAUAUAUCUCAUGACCAGGAAGGAACAAGCAACUUGGAGGCUGUAUUCUUCUUUAUUAUCUGGCUUUCUGAGGCCUGUACAGCUAGUUCUGUCCAACAAGUACUUGGUGGUUAAUUAAGUACAUUAAAUAUCAUGUGCACUUCAUUAGGUCCUAGCCCUGGCAAAUGAAUGCUCUCUACCACAAAACCUCUGCUUUCAGGAUUUUAUUAAAUGCAUCUUUAGGGACAGUUCAUCUACAAACAUUGAUUAAGGGCUCCUGGGACAACCCAUUGGUCAGGGUGCUAAAAGCACCUGGGAAAAGGUAAAUAGGCCCCAUUGUACUGGACUGGGGAUUAGAAGCAAUUGAAUUACUAGCCUGCACCAAGCAGCCUGACUUAACACAGGUAUUGGCAAAUAUGUGUGAGCCAAGUGUUUAGGCCUUGACCUUUAGGUUCUCUGUUCUUUUCUUUCUGGGACAGUUUAUUCUUAUCUCACUGGCUCUAAUUAGUCAUGUCUGCAGCUUCUGGUAGGGCAAGAACUAGUAUCCAAACAGAAGAUGAUUCAGCUUGGGCAGGCCUUAGGUGUUCAAAGGUCACCAUGUGCCUGGCAGUGGUUCAAGCCCAAGUCUAACACUGCUGCAUCUAUCGCAAAGGUAAUGAUUUUGUCACAGUCAUAAUGACAUUAUGAUAAAAUGUUACAGCCAGCCUUAUUCAUUGUGCCUGCUCUAGACUUUAUAAUUUACAAAGCUCUUUUAUGUUUAUGGUCUCAUUUCAUCCUCCCAAAUCCCUGAAUAAGAUGUUAUUAUAUCCCUUUUGAAGAAAAGUAAAACAGCUCAUAUUAGAUAUGUGGCUUAUCAGGCCAGAGAUCAGUCUGACCCAAGUCUCCUGAUCCCCAGACCAGGGCUUUCUCCACUGUUUCCCCUUAACAACUGCUUUAGGAUGGUACAGUUACCACAGUGGCACUGAGGGCAACAUUGCAGAUAAAAACAGCAAUCAUGUAGCAAAAUUCCCCAAUGGUAUAUCCAUAAACACAAUUACUGCAAAGCUCAUUGUGAGCCCCAUCCAAGACAAGAAACUUCCUGGCUAGAAUAUCCAGCCCAGAAUAACUUCUUAGCAAUGAUAUUUUCUGUAGCAAUUAAGACAACAGCCUUGGUUUCUGGUGCUACCCCAGUGCACAGGUGUGCCAACCAGGAGCAAGGUCCUCAUGGCAUGAACAUUGUGUGACCAUCCCAAGUCAUACCCAGCAUCACCUUGGUUCUAACUUUCAUUCUGAAGUUAAAAAAUUGUGGUUAGCAAUUGAACUAAGGAAAUGUUUUACUUUGCUUUUUAAGAUAUCUUGGGUAGAGGUAAGGUGAAGCAUGCUUUUUUUCCUUAUAAUUGCUGCUUGGCCAUGGCAAAUGUCACACUCAAGCAUUUGUUCCUGGGGAGGGUUUUUAAAUAUUUCAUUGCUUUUAAAGUAUGGGCAUCUUUGAGUGACUUGCUUUCAUGUAUCUUUUCUAUUUGGGGGUUAUUGGUCAGUGGAAGCACAAAGGACAUGUGACAGAAAAGUUUUCAACAUGUCCCUAAGACUGGAAAAUAGUUGAGUUGUCUAUAUUUGAACUAGCAAAAGAAAGUUGUUCUUGCUUGUAAGGGAGGGGAAGUAUUUACUGAGGAUGAGUUUAGACUUUUGGUUUCGUAUUUUCUUCUCUGUAUAUCUGGAUUUGGAUUUUGACAGGGAGGAGCCUAGGAGAGCAACUUUCUCCUCCAAGGUUCUCAGAUCCAGGCUUGGUAACAGUGUCAAUACUGUAGCACCCUCUCCACAACACAAACCCUACUAUACUGGGAAGAUAAUCUCUUAUGCACCUAACCCCCUGCUCGCCUCACUAAGAAGGUCUCUGGUGUUUUACAUUGAAUGUAGGUAAAUUUUAAUUACUUUUCCCUCCUAAAUUGGUUAUUUAUAGAGCUUUUGUUCAAUCUUGAGCCAUAUGCAUAUGUGGCUACUGGCAGAGUUAUGUUUUAUUUCUGAUGCUCUGGAAAUAUUUCAUAUUAGCCAAUAAAGAAAAAUACAUCCAAACACCUUGUUUAUUCCUCUACUUUCAAAUAACAAGGUGCCUCAUUUGGCUGGUGUGUCUUUGCUCAGUGAGUACAGCAAGGAAAUGUGUUUCUUAUCAGUGGAUCCAUCACCAGGGAUAGUAGGAUCCACUGACUUGCCACCCAAGAGGUCUGGGUUAUAGUCCAAGCUCUCCUUCUAUAUUUUUGAAUUGCUUAUGACAUUUAUCUUUUUUUCUGGGCUACAGAUCUACUAGAACUUCUUGAGUUCUAAACUAAUACUUCUUAAAACAGGUUCCAUGCCCUAAGAGGACUGUGCACAUGUCUUGUGAGGUCUGCAAAAUCUCUCAGAGAUUGUGUGUAUUUUCAUUUUGACAAUAAUAUUCUUUUAAAAAAAUAUAAGCAUAUUUUAUUUAGACCAUCUGGAUUAUUAUCUCUUAAAAGCACUACCUGGCCAUUUCAGAGUCUGUGUUUACAAUCUCGUUGGAUUUAAAGAAGCACCUAAGGAGAUAAUAUUUAACUUUGAAUGCUGUGCUUUACUAUAAUCUUAUUUAAGAGCUAGAGAAAUCAAGUUCCUCCCAUCUUUAAUAUGCUAUGAUCCUGACAACAAAACAUGUUGGCAAGGAUGGGGAGAAUGGGACCUCUCAUACCUUACUGGUGGGAUUGUAAAAUGGUACACGCACUUUUGAAAACAGCCUGGCAAUUCCUCUAAAAGUUAAAGUUAGAAUUACUAUAUAAUCCAAUAAUUCCACUAUGUAUGUACACCAAGAUAAUUAAAAAUAUAUUCACACAAAAUCUUUUACACAAAUAUUCAUAGAAACAUUAUUUAUAGUAUCCAAAAAGUGGAAACAACCUAAAUGUCUAUCAGCUGAUGAAUGGAUAAACAAAUUGUCAAGUAUACAUAUAAUAGAAUAUUCAGUAAUUAAAAAGAUUGAACUGACGCACAAUAUGUCAUAAAUGAACCUCAAAGCAAGCUAAGUGAAAAAGCCAGACACAAGAGACCACAUAUUGUAUGAUUCCAUUUAUACAAAAUUUCCAUAUAGGCAAGCUAAUGGAGACAGAAGGUAGAUUAAUGGUUGCCUCAGGCUGGGGGGUGAGAAAAGGGGUUAAAAAUGGUCCCCAAUUUAUGUUGAUUCAAUUUACAACUUUUUGACUUUAUGAUGGUGUGAAAGUGAUAAGCAUUCAGUAGGAAACAUACUUCAAAUUUUGAAUUUUGAUCUUUUCCUGGGCUAGCAAUAUGUGCUCUAAUACUCUCUUGUAAUGCUGGGAGCCACAGCUCCCAGUCAGCCAUGCAAUCACAAAGGUACCCAACUGAUACACUUAUAACCAUUCUCUACCCAUACAACCAUUCUGUUUUUCACUUUCAGUGCAAUAUUCAGUAAAUUACAUGAGAUAUUCAAUACUUUAUUAUAAAAUAAGCUUUGUGUUUGAUGAUUUUUCCCAACUGUAGGCUAAUGUAAGUGUUCUGAGCACAUUUAAGGCAGGCUGUGCUAAGCUGUGGUGUUUGGUAGGUUAAGAGUAUUAAAUGCAUUUUACACUUAGGAUAUUUUCAAAUAUGAUGAAUUUAUCAGGAUGUAACCCAGUUGUAAGUCAAGGAAAAUCUGUAAAUGUAAAUAGGCAUGAGGGAUCUUAUUUGGGGAUAAAAAUGUUCUAAAAUUGAGCUACGAUGAUUGCUGCAACACUCAGUAAAUAAAAAUUGUUGAAAUGCACACUUGAAAUGGAUGAAUUUUAUCAUAUGU